AUGGACUCCAUCGAUUCGGUGUUCGUCGACGAGGAAGCGUUUAUCAGUGAAGAGCUCAAAAGAGACGCGAUUGAGCAAGCAUCCGACAGUGAACUCGUGCUCACGUGGGUGUCUUUCCUCAAUUUUAUCGAGACAUGCCAUGUGACUAUUGUCCCAUCUUCAGACCUAGCCGCCACAGGCAAUAGGCUUGGCUCAGGCCAGACGAUGAUAGUCGAUGAAUCCAUCUGGAAGACCACUGACUCAUCUCAUGAAGAGUCCAGAGUCGUUGCUAUCAAGCGACCUCGGACGGAGAGGUUACCGGAUUCAGACAGCUUACAAGCUCGUCCAGCUGAUGAGAGGUCGGUGUUAGCCAAUUUCACUUUGGAAAUAAGGGCCCUUCGUCACGGAACCCUCCGUAGCCACCCAAAUAUUGUUCGUCUUCUGGGUGUCACUUGGGCCGAGCUUGGGUUACCAGCUCUGGUUGUCGAAAGGGCAUCUGAAUCUUGUCCAACCCUAACGCAAUUACUCGAAGGGCCGGGACUCCUGGGAGUCCAGAAAGCAGAAGUCUUGGCUGGCAUAACUGAGGGACUGAUUGCUAUUCAUUCCGUUUCUUUGAUCCAUGGCGACCUCAAACCUGACAACAUCCUGAUGUUCGAAAGCACGGAAGGAGCUCAUAUGAUACCCAAGCUUGCAGAUUUCGCAUUCUCACGCACAUGGAAAGAAGUGCAAAGCGGUGGGGGAACGCCUUACUGGAAUGCUCCGGAAUGUUGCGAUGACCGCGAAAUAACUUCGGGAAACCCUCGCAGUCCAUUACGUGAUCGGUUCUCUCUUGGGUUGGUUUUCUGGAACGUCCUAUACUGCGAGCUACCAUUCACAGGGGUGGCCUCGGCGGACAUAACGCGAGCAAAAGAGCACGGAACUUUGCUCGAGAAACUAGCAAAUCUACGAGAGACCCAUAAAUAUGAAGCUUUCAUGUUUGAGCAGGAGCUCAAACCAGAUUUUGACGAUGAUGAUGCCAUCUUGUCAAUCGUCGAGAUCUUAGAAUACCUGCUUCAUCCAACACCGGAGCGCCGAGCACCGCGCUAUGCCGAGUCCAUACCCAGCAAGCUUCGAACAAGGAGGAGAGUCUACGCGCAGAGUACAAUUACAAUUACGGAAAACGGGUCAGUCAUAGAUAUGCCGGAGCAUUUCAUGGAUCUCAAAGCGGACAUGAAGGCCGACAUAGAGGCUCUGCAGAGGCAGAUAGAACAAACAUCACUGGUGGAGACUGGUAUCAGGUAUAAUGUCUACCGUGACCUGGCCUCGGGUGGACGUCCAAUUGAGCACAAGGCAGUGUUGAAAAAUGCUGAUGCGUCCGAUAUUGAGAAAGGUGAAGCACAUUGGUUCUUGGCAGCGCAGAUGGUUAGGAGAAGCCCUGAUGAGUCCCUACAACACUGCCUUGAAGCCGGCAAGUAUGGCAAUGACCACGGACGUGUCAACUAUCUCUACAGAUGUAUCCGCGAUUCUAGAGCCGUUGCUCUGGAUAGGACAACUCAUAUAAAGUGGCUGCUGCAAUCACUUACUAGCAAACAAAUCUUCAGCGACCUGGAAUGCUACACUUCAACAGGUACCUUCGAAAGGCAGCUUAGGUCAUCAUUCUCUGAAAUUUCUUCGGCAUUCACGACGAAGUAUGACCUGGAGAUCUUACACGAUGCGUUUGUUCAUGAUGUACUGGGAUCAACUCAUUCACCUCACGACCAAAUCCUGAUAAACGAUAAAUGGGCAACUAUAGUCACAGCAAAAGAGACGACAUAUGAGAAAUUCCGCGAAGGCACAGGUAGCUUGCGCGGUGACCCAUUAGCGGAAGAUGCGCUUCACGAGGCGGCUUUGUACGGCACAGGAGAUCUCAUUCGAGAUCUGGUACUGAGACACAAGAUUGACAUCGAGAAAGAAGCGGAUACCCUUGUAGUAUAUGGCACCGCUCUGCAAGCAGCAUUCCUCCGCCAUAACAUGCAGACAGUCAGUGCGCUUGUGGAUCUUGGGGCUAAUGUGCUCCCAUUGUUCAGUGAAGAAAACUUGGAGGCUUUCUUGAUAGAGGGUCACCGCGAGACUCUUCAUUGGCUCAAUCACCUGAUACCUCUAAUGAGAAACGAGAACAACCGCGACAGGGCACAGAAAACAUUCAAUUCGAUUUUGUUGACAAGCAAGGCCCUCCAGAGAGUUGUGAUUCAGAGGAACUGGAGCUUAUUUGUCGGUAUUUUAGAAAUCGCCCAAGGACAUUCUGGUGCUACUCUCGAUGAAGGCAUACACGAUACACUACUCAUUGCAGCCGGUUUAAGGCGCCUUGAGUUUGUCGUCGCGCUCCUUGUAUACAACGGCAAGCCGCACCGGAACCAGCUACAGUUAUAUCAGCCAGCCCUCGUCAGUACUUGUCGUAAACUCUUUGGCAUACAAGCGAAGGAUCGUGUACAUGAAAGACACUAUCUAGGGCUAAAGAGGGAUAGCAUCAAAUGUGUACCAAAACCAGGCGACAUACACUAUCAACUUCAGAUUGCCAAAAUUCUACUCCAACAGGGAGUCUCAGUGGAAGCAGUAAGUCCUGAACAACCUGGAUUGACACCACUAUUCUGGGCUGUCUACCACAACCGCCUUUUAUUGGUCCGUCUUCUGAUUGAGGAUUACGGCGCCAACCCGUUGGUCUGUGACCCAACUGAAGGGGGCACCCUGCUGUACAUUUCCGCAUUCGCCAACAGCUAUGGUAUUUGCAAGUAUCUUCUGAGCCUGCCAGAUGAUACUCGAAAAACAUUAGUUGAGACCCCAAACAAGUUGGGCGAAACUGCACUGCAUGAAGCAGCCACCAAAAGCAACCCGUCCAUUAUCAAACUACUCUUGGCUCAUGGGGCGCAACCACUUUCAACCCAGUUUUUCGGGCAGAAUGUCCUUCACCGCGCUGCACUGCCAGCGAACAAACGUGGCUUCGAGACUCUCGUUGACCACAUUCAGAAAUCGUCGCCAGACAAGCUGAGGCAAUUACUACAACAAAAGGACUUAGUCGGAGACACACCAUUGCAUCUUCUCCUCGGCUCUAAUCACCAAGAUGGUAGCACCAAUAAGCCGGUAUCGUCUCAGGAUGAGAACAUGCAGCGCCUCCUCUACAAGCUCCUCCCGCACUAUACUGCUUCUCCGUCGCGUAUCCUGUCAUCCCUCUCCAAGUCCCACAGACCGUUUAUCCCCGUGCUAAAUGACCCCGAUCUCCACGGCCUUACACCAUUGCAUCACCUCCUCGUUUUCGGCGCCGAUUUCCCGGAGACAUUGAAAGUCCUGCUCCGGCGCGGGGCUAACUCUUGGAAGCAGACUACCUUCGGCAUCAUGCCAAUCCAGAUUCCUGCACGCAACGGAGCGAUAAUGAUGUCUUUGGCCAUGAUGGAGCAUUUGGUCACCGGAGGACGGGGUUUCACUGCACUUGGUGGAGGUCUUGGUAAUCGAGGCGGCAGUGUGGCUGCAGAAACAGCAAGGGUAAUGGAUGCGAUGCAAGGGAAGGAACCGGCACUCGAGCUACAGGUGCUUCUGAGAAAAUUGAGGGAGAGGAACGAGGACGUGAAAGAGAAGGGUAGAGCCGCAAGGGUGGCGGCAUUAAGUGCCAGUAGUUCCCAACUUACUACUAACCGCUGA